GUUCCUAUCCAGCUCCAAUCCACCCUAUUCGCGCUCAAAAGACACUCUCUCUUUUGAUUCUCUGACGUCCACCGUCACUUCAAUAUUCUCCGCCUCAGCAGAUUCCCUCUUCUCCCCACAUUUUAUCUUUUCCCGAUCACUCUUAAAGUUCUUUUCUUUUCUUUUUCUUUUCUUUCUUCUUCCUUUCUCAAGCCAAGAAUCUCUUUCUCUUCACUUCCUUUCUUUCUUCAGAUUCUUUUGUUUCCCUCUUACUAAUUCCUCCCUUUUUAAUCAACAAUGUCCCUAUUGCGUUGUUCCCUCCCUCUUGUUCUUCUCUCUACUACCCACUUUUCUUCAUUCUCUUCCUUACUUUUUCUUCCUUUCUUUCUGUCGUUUUCAUUUCCUUGCGUUUCCUUUGAUUUCAUCGUUUUCCGAACAAUUCUGUACUUACAAAUAGCUUUCUUUCGAUUUCCAUGGCUCCUCCAUCUUCUUCUUCGACUUCAGCUGUCAACCAUAUCUCUAAUCCUUGCAUUUAUGGGGACUUUGUUUCUUCAUACGCAGAGAGAAAAUCUCGGUUUAUGAAAUGGCUUAGCAAGAUUUUCAAAAGUGGGCCUAGUCGUGGAGGUGGCAGCGGGGGAGGCAGCCGUUAUCCGCCGCGUCUCGGGGAGGAAAACAUGGUCAGCUGGAGGCCACCAGCUAGAUCUUUGGACGAGCGCUCUAGAGCUGACAAGGAGAAGGAGGAAGCAGAUCAUGCUGUUGCACUUUCUCAGGCUGAAGAUUGGAAGAGACCAGGAUAUAGAUGCAGAACAGAUAAUGAUGAAGAACAGGCUAGGGCACUUCAUGAUAGCCUUAAUCCGGUCGGAUAUCCUCCUUAUGCUCCUUAUGCCCCUCCACAAUAUUGUAACACAGGUUUUAGAUUGUGUGGUGGCUGCCAUGGCAACAUUGGUUAUGGCAAUUACUUGGGAUGCAUGGGAAAAUUUUUUCAUCCAGACUGCUUUCGCUGUACUUAUUGUGGUUACCCUAUUACUGAAAAUGAGUUUUCUUUGUCAGGUAGGGAUCCAUAUCAUAAGGUUUGCUUCAAAGAGUUGACUCAUCCCAAAUGUGAUGUCUGUUUCCAAUAUAUACCAACAAAUGAAGCUGGUUUGAUUGAGUAUAGAUGCCAUCCUUUUUGGUCUCAAAAAUACUGCCCAUCACAUGAGCAUGAUAACACACCUCGAUGCUGUAGUUGUGAACGCUUGGAGUCUUGGGAUACAAAAUACUAUUCUUUGGAAGAUGGACGGAACUUAUGCUUAGAAUGCAUGGAAUCCGCUAUUAUGGACACUGGUGAUUGCCAACCCCUUUACCAUGCCAUUAGAGACUACUAUGAAGGGAUGAACAUGAAACUGGAUCAGCAAAUUCCCAUGCUUCUUGUUGAAAGACUAGCACUCAAUGAAGCUAUUGUUGGGGAGAAAUAUGGAUAUCAUCACAUGCCUGAAACAAGGGGUCUAUGCCUUUCAGAAGAGCAGACUGUUACCAGUAUACAGCGGAGGCCGAGACUUGGUGGUAAUCGACUAGUUGGAAUUAGAACUCAACCACAAAAGCUGACUCGGAAAAGUUGUGAAGUUACAGCUAUUCUUGUUCUUUAUGGUCUUCCAAGACUACUAACAGGUGCUAUUCUUGCCCAUGAGUUGAUGCAUGGCUGGUUACGCCUUAAAGGUUACCGUAAUCUUAAUCCUGAGGUAGAGGAAGGAAUCUGUCAAGUACUAUCAUACAUGUGGCUCGAAUCAGAAGUUUUACCAUCUAAAGGCAUGCCAUCUACAUCGGCAGCUUCCUCUUCAUCAUCAUCGUCGAAAAAGGGAGGGAGGUCCAAUGUUGAAAAUAAAUUGGGUGAGUUUUUCAAGCAUCAAAUUGCCAAUGAUGCUUCACCAGCCUAUGGGGGAGGAUUCAGGGCUGCUAAUGCUGCUGUCAAUAAGUAUGGUUUACGUCGCACUUUGGAUCAUAUCCGGCUUACUGGGCAUUUCCCAUUGUAAUACUAACAAAGGUUAUAUGUUGCUCCAUCUCUUCUUUGAUCUAAAUUUCUAUAGUGCUUUUCUCCUCCAGAGGAUUGAGCUCAUAGCGGAAGUUUGGACAGCUCCCCCUUUAAAUUUUCUUCAGGGUCCUAUAAUGUCCAGCAAUCACUCUUCAAAUUGAAUAAUAUGCAUCUACAUUUUCUUAUUUAGUC